AUGAGUAAUUUAUUUGAUCAAAUUAAACUUCUUUUUGAAAAUCAAUUGUAUAGCAACGUUGUAGCUUUGUCAUCUUUUGCCCUUUCAAUUGCCGAUCAUAGUUCGGAAGCCACAUCCCCUGAAAAAUUCCAAACAUACGUAUACUAUGGAAAUUCUUUGUUUCAUCUUGGACAGUACAGAAGAGCUGAAGCCAUGUAUAAUAAAGCCUUACAAUUUCGAAAGGGAUAUUUUAAGUACAUCGGAUCAAACAAAACAUCAUCUCUAAAAGAAUUUAUGCCAGACAUAGAUAUAAAGUAUCAAAUUCAUUUGUGCCAUAUUAAUUUAAAACAAAAUCAGGAAGCUGUAACAGUACUCGAAACAAUACCUGGUAAACAAAGAUCUCCAAAAGUAAAUAUGGCUUUGGGUAAAUUGUAUCAGUUAGGUGGCAUGGAAAGAUCAUCAGUAUAUGCUUUUAAGGAAGUUUUAAAAGAGUGCCCUUUAGCACUGGAAGCCAUAGAAGGGCUGUUGAGCUUAAGACUGAGUGGAGCAGAAGUUCAAUCAUUUGUUAUGGAAUGUGCAGCACAAAAAGGAAUUAGUAAUAUUGAUUGGGUAAUGUCAUGGAUUAAAGCUCAUGAUCAAAUAAAUAGUAGGGAAUAUGGUCAUGCAAUAAAUACUUUAAAACAAAUGGAUAAAAAUUCUUGCCUGAAAAAUAAUCAUAAUGUUUUAAUUAUGCUAGGAGAAACAUAUUACAAUGCAGGGGAUUCUAAAAAUGCAUUGUCUGUUUUACAAAGAGCUCAUUUAAUUGAACCUCAAUUGGAAAAAGGAUUGGAUGUGUUGGCAUCACUUUUAGCUAAAGAAAAAAGAAUUUCUGAAUUAGAAAAACUUGUACCUACUUAUAUACCUCUUAGAGAAUAUGGUCCUGAAACUUGGAUUGCAAUGGCUUAUUAUUUAUAUGUUAAUAAAAAGACGAGCAAAGCUGCUUAUCUGGCACAAAAGGCUUGUUUAUUAAAUCCCCGAAACGUGGAAGGUUUACUAUUGAAAGCGGCCAUUUUUCUCGAUUUAAAAAAAUAUCAGGAUUCGGUUGUACAUUACAGAGAAGCCAUGCAUCUUUCUCCGUAUCGUUAUGAAGCCUACGAAGGUUUGGUUAAUUGCUACAUAGCAAUGCACAGAUUGAGAGAAGCUUUGACGGUGGCAUCUGGAGUUUGUAAACAAUUAGGACAAAAUCCUAGAACGCUAACAUUAUACGCAUCGGUUUUAAUGAAAGAUUCCGUGUCUGUGUGUAAAGCCAAAGGUCUCCUCGAAAAGGCUCUUCAGCAAGAUGACAAAUUUUUACCGGCUGUUUAUUUAUUAGUCAUUAUACUCGAUCAGGAAUUAAACUUGGAGCAAGGAAUCGCAAUAUUAGAAAAACAAAUUCAAAUUCAGCCCAAUUGUAAACUUCAUCAAAUGUUGGGAGAUUUAUAUUCGAAAAAUCAUCAACUUGAAAAAACCACAGAGCACUACAUGAUUGCUCUACAAAUGGAUCCGAGCAACCGAAGACUUCAAGAGGCCAUGAGUAAACUUAAUCAAAACUGCAGUAAAUUAGACACAUCCUAUUACGUAGCCGUAAAUGAAGAAGAUAACAUCAACACCACGUACGAUUUAGGAGAUUCGGAAAAUGAAGUAAAUUUCAAAAUAAAUUUUUUUUUUUUAAGUUAA